AACGCGCUAUCAUCUCGAUGAACAUGGAAGGCUGGCACAAGAUCCAGAGCAGCAUUGGCUCCAUCAACUUUGGCCAGGCGGGCAACAAGCUUGCGAAGGGCUUCAACUCGUCCGUGCAAGCGACCAGGGAGCGCCUCGGUCAGGUUGCUGCAGAUGAGAUCACUGAGCUGCCACAAGAAUACAAGGAUCUUGAAGCCAGAGUGGACGCGCUUCGCGCCGCCCACCUCGCCGUCCUAAAGAUCACCAAGGUGUACGAGGCCGAGACGUACGACUACCCGGUGCACAUCCAAGAGUCGCUCACCGAGCUAUCAACCUCCAUUGGCUUCGGUAUCCAGAACUUUGCUGCGACGAACCUGAAGGGCACAGUCAACGUUCCGCCACCGGUGACGCCUCCGCAGCAUCAGCACAAGACACUGCCGCACGCCCUUGGGAGGGCGGCAACUACCGCGGCGACCACGCUUCAGGACGCUCCCGGUGGCACUGAAGACCGCCUCGCGAAGAGCCUCGGGCUGUAUGCGGCCGGCUGGGACAAGAUUGCGAGCGCAAGGCUUGAGCAGGAUGCAGCUAUCCAGCAGGGCUUCCUUCACCCGUGGCAGACGACUUUGAACACGUCGAUUGCUGUUGCAAUGAAGGCUCGCCAGGCAGUGAAGGCCAGCCGUCUCGAGCUCGAUGCUGCGAAGCAGAGCCUGAAAAACGCGAACCCAGCACGACAGGAGCAUGCUCGUCUAGAGGUCGAGAACGCGGAGGAUGACCUGGUGCAGAAGACCGAGGUCGCUAUCACACUCAUGAAGACUGUCCUCGAGAACCCCGAACCCAUCAAGAAUAUCAAUGAACUCGUCAAGGCCCAGCUGACGUUCUUCGCAUCUGCUGCGGAGGCGCUGAGCACGGUUCAGGGUGAGAUUGAGGAGCUCACUGUCGCUGCCGAGGGCGAGUACAGGAAGACUCGCGACCAGUAAGUCUAACGACGACCAAUUUUAAAGGAAGGACUGUCGAGUAUUUGUUUUCAAAGUCGAUGUACUGAUGUGUACAUUCUGUACAUGUUUGUUCGUUGUUGCUGUAUGCUGCCAUCCGUGUAUCCGUACUCUGAAGGUUUCCUCUAGUCUCCCGUAGGCAGACGUUCGAAGAAGCUUCGCAAUGAGGGAUCGAACGUCUGCUUUCAAUUGACCCCAUGACAUCGUCUCAGCCCCAUAGCAGUC